AUGCUUGAGGUGUCAAAGAGUGUUGGCUCAUCCUCAAGGGCGAGGCAUGUAUCAGGGUUAUCUAGUUUCUAUCCAGAAGUGGUUUGUGCUGACCAACAAGUCCUUAAUAGGCUCUUCAUUACUUUCAGUUUGGAUAGUAGUGGGACCAGGGAGAUUAUGUAUGGUCGAAAACCACCAAUGGAGAAUCAUUGUGUACUGAAAGCAAUGAGUUCUCUCGUUGAACAAGCUUUGCUAUUAGAACAGGAAUUGAGUGCUUCGGAUUGGAGGAUCCCCAUUGCUAUACUUGUUAUAUGUUCAAUCAUUACUUACUGGAAAAAAGAUUGA